AUGCAAAAUCAACUUGAACUUAAGGCAGUUUCAGUUAGACUAUACAAAUAUCUGUGUGAAGAAGUAGUUGGUUCUGAAAACAUUGUCAGAUACAGACGAUUAUAUUACAAAAUCCAUGAUGAUAUAUCCAAUAACAUCAAUUUUGAAUUUAUUAGCAGUGGAAGCAAGGCUGAAGGUUUGGAUCUUCCAGGGAGCGAUUUUGAUUUGAUGUUUCUUUUGAAAUUUUGGGAAGUGUAUGAAUAUACGCCUAAAGACAAAGAAGACGUUAUAAUGCUUGACACGAAGAAUGCUUUACCAGGUUUUGCAUUAUUGAAGACGGAGGAUAAGUCAUCCUUUCCAUACUCCCGAACAAAAACUGCUGAUGGAAAUCUUAUUUCCAACAGUGAUUUUUUUAAUUUGCUCUGGAGCGUUAUAGGACAAGAUGCCAAUUUUUUCGAAAUUCAUGGACCAAGUAUGUCACAUUCGUUUCUUGUCGACACUGACACGUUGUAUUGUUUAAAGUGUCAUACAUGGCCAACGGUAGCAAAACAAUGGUUGUUAAGAUCUAGACCUUCUGGAUGGCCGUCACAGGAUAUCAUUUCGAAAAUAGUUGCUCAAGGCUGUUUAUUAGUACCGGUUGGGAGCAAGUCAUCAUGUAGCAAGGGUCAUCCUUUCGAAUGGCGAUUUUCUUUUUCUCUAUCCGAAAAACUUUUGGUUCAUUCUUUUAAUCACACCCAAUUGCUCUGUUAUGCGUUGUUGAAAAUUUGGUUAAAGGAAAUAUUAAAUAGUGACAACAUACUUAACAAUAAAUUAUGUUCCUAUUUUCUGAAAUCUGUGCUUUUUUGGAUACUUGAAGAAGAUGAAAACUUUAACUGGAUUCCGCAAAAUCUUUUGCACUGUUUUCUUUUAUGCAUUCAUCGUCUUCAUUAUUGGAUUGUUUGUGGUUAUUUUCCAAACUACUUCAUUCCUGAGCAUAACAUGAUUGAUGGGAAACUUUCUCGUGACGUUCUCGCAUAUCUUUCAUUAUAUUUAGACAAAAUGAACAUGCGUGAAAAUUGGAAAAUAAUGUUUUUAGGUCCGUCAUUACGCAACUUUCGUAACCUUCCAAUAAGCAUUCAAAGAAAAAUCCAUCGUUUGAGUGAAUUUGACGAAGCAAUUUUGUUGCUUCACACUAUCGGUAGUUUGAUAUUGAGUAUAUUGAGAGGUUUGAAAGGAGACGGUAUAUCUGCAAGUAUAAUUUAUAGGAUGAUACACAAGCAUCUACCAAAUUCUGCAAGAAAAAUUCUGAUUUCAAUAUUUCUGAAAGAUAAUAAGAAUAUAUUAACGUCUCUUCAUAUUGUCAAUUGUAAAAACAAACGGGAAUAUCUUGGUUACAGAGAAUGUCUAUCUCGCAUGUUGAUAAAUACAUUUUAUGAUGCCGAGUCUGGAUGGUUACUUCUUGCAGCUUUUUUUUACUCCACACAAAAGUAUAAUGACAUGUCAUGUAUAUUACAACUGUCAUCGAGUAUGUUUUCUUUGAAAAAUCGUUUUGUUCAAAACAUUGUAGACAUUCACUCGUUCAGAGACUUAUCGAAAUUAGAAAAAAUGAUAUACAGCAGAUCAUUUGUCAAAAGGAUGAGAUACGAAAUUGCGAGAGUAUUUCAUAUAGAUUAUAAAGAUUUCAUGACUGAUUAUUAUCCAUUUGUAACUGAUGAAAUUCCUAAAAUAGGACUUGAUGGAGGACUUCAACCAUAUUCUAGUAGCUUGUUCUUUUUUCUUAAAUUUUUAUAUGGUCACAAACAAGGAAACUUAUUUGAAACUCAAUCUGCCUUGCAAUUACUAGAUAAUAUCUUUGAAGAAGAAAGCGAGAAAUCGACAAAUAUUUUAUGUUUAGCGUCAUCCUAUACGCUUCUAGUAAAAGCGUUUGUCCUUUUGAAUGAUGAAGAAGGGAUUAAAACUUGCACUUUUAGAUUUAUAGCAGCAAUAAAAAAAUUGGAUAUAUUUGAGACACUGAUGAAUUAUAUACAAGACAACGAAAACAUAAAAAUGACUUUUGAAAUUGUGUUAAAAUAUUUUGACUUGCAGUACAUCAAAUAGACAAAAAAGUGACAAAAACAUGCAGAACAUAUUUACAUAUUGUAUUGUUUAUAAGUAAUAUUGAUGUUUUCCUAAAAUACUGCCAUUCUUUUAAAUACUG